AUGGCGGCGGGUCCCGAGGCCGAGGCGGUGUGGUGGCGGUGCGGGCUGGGCCGUGCGGCGGAGGCGCUGGGCGCGGGGCUGGGGCUGGGGCUCGACCUCCACCCGGACCCGCCCGCCGCCGCCCUCCUCCUCCUCCUCAUCCUCCUCGGCGGAGUCGGUGUCGUCCUCCUCCUGGGCCUGGGCCUCCGCCGCCUCCUCGGACGGGCCUCCUCCUCCUCCUCCUCUUCUUCUUCCUCCUCGGGCCGGCCCGCAGCCCGGCCCCGGAAGCCGCCCCCGACCCCCGACCCCUCGGGGACCCCCGGGGACCCCGCUCUCCUCAAAGCGCUGCGACACGACGACCCGAAGAGGAAGGCCCGAAGGAAACCCAACGACAGGCCCAAGCCAAAUGGCCGGCCUGUUCUGGAAGUGGAUGAUGAGGUAGAAGUGGUUCAGACUACUGGAAAAGAAACACUGAAGCAACCACUCGAUGCCGAAAAGAAAAAUGAAAAGUUGAAGAAAAACAAGAAGAAAUCCAAGGCGGAUGUGAAAGUAGCUCAGGACGGUUCGCGCCACGAUGGAAAGGAAGUUGAUGAAGGAGCCUGGGAAACUAAAAUCAGUAACAAAGAGAAAAGACAGCAGCGAAAGCGGGACAAGGGCUUUCCUGAUACGGGUUCUCCAGAUUCAAGUCUUCCUGGGACCGAAAGCGCCGUCUCAGUUUCCACUGAGCAACUUAUAACAGCAACUUUUCCAGUUGGCUCCAGAAAGAAUAAAGGUGAACCUCUUCUAAAUACUCCCAACUAUAAGCCUGGAAAAGGUGAUUCUACACUUCAACAGGGAUUGAAUGAAAACCCUACCGUAAAUGGAGGAGGCUGGAAUGAAAAGUCUGUAAAACUCUCCGCACAGAUUAGUGCAGGUGAGGAGAAGUGGACCUCUGUGUCACCUGCGUCAUCUGGCAAGAGGAAGAAUGAGCCACCCGUUUGGAACCAGGAUACUGGUGAUACUGGUGCAAAUGGAAAAGACUGGUGUGUGUCCUUAGUGGGAAGGACCUGGAGUGAUCGCACAAUAUUCCCUGGCAUCGCUGCUUGGUCUGGUGUGGAUAGAAGGAUGAACACAUCUGAACAGAAUUCUGCUUCUUUUACAUCUCUUGGACUUAACCCUGCAGUUUCUGGGUCUUCCGGGGAACCAGUGUCCCAGCCCACCGCUUCGGAUUUUCAGUGGGACUUAAGCCGUAAUCAGCCCCACGUUGACGACGAGUGGUCUGGGUUAAAUGGACUUACGUCAGCCGACCCCAGUUCCGAUUGGAAUGCCCCUGCAGAAGAAUGGGGCAACUGGGUAGAUGAGGAAAAGGCUUUGCAUAGGAAAGCACAGGAGCCAGUCCCCAAAGUUCAGAAAAUUUCAGAUGAUAAAGAAAAGGCAGACGUCACUCUUCAAAGCUCUACAGAUGGAAAGUCUAAAAAGAAAAAGAAGAAGAAGAAGAAGGAGCAAGGCGAAGAUGCCAGCUCUCCAGCACAGGACACAGAGGAAGUGGAGAGAAAUACUAGAAAAAACCUCCAAGAGAAUACUUCCAAAGUCAAACCACCACAGGAAAAACCUUCGAAGACCAAAAGCCCCCGUGAUCCAGCUAAGACUGCUGAGCCACCGGCACGUGCUGUUUCUACCGAGCCAUCUGUAAUUUUAUCAGUGGGUAACUCUGACAAGAUCUCUUCCCAAGUGCCACAGAAGCAAGAGAAGAAUGUUUCCAAUUCUAACGUCAAGCAAAAUAGUGUGCCUCCUUCACAGACCAAGUCUGACAGUAGCUGGGAGUCUCCCAAACAAGUAAAAAAGAAGAAGAAAGCCAGAAGGGAAACGUGAAUUUUCUUUUUUUUUUUUUUCCUGAGUCGGACGUGUUGGGCAAACACUGUCAAGGAGAUUAUGCUGUUUAUGCAAUAAUUUGUGAACAUGUACAGAAUUUUAUAUAAAUUUCAACUGAUUUUUAAAACGAAACUGCUGUGAACACAACCAUCGUUAAAAUGGAAUCAAAGGAAAGUUAAUUUGUGAAAUUCGGAGUUCAGCUGGAACAUGCUACCACGCUGGAAGACAUUUUGGAGAGUCUGCUUUUUCCAUUUGAGAACGGUCUUAAUUUAAGAAAAUAUAAAUAUAUCCUGGUUUUAUGACAGUGCCCUGUUUACAACAAAUGGUGUGCCCUUUCUCAUCUGCAGCUAAGAAAUAAAGGCUUGAUUAGAGAGCGGGUUGUCUGCAGAAUAGUGGGUAUUUCUUGCCUCCUUCAGAUUGAUGCGCAGAGCCCAGCUACCAUUUGAAUCUGUUUCAUGCCUAAGUCAGAGUGCUUUGUUAAAUUACAUAAUCUGCCAUACCUUUACACAAUGCCGGUAGCCAUGUCUAGUAAAGGAAUUGCAAGUACAAAUACAAAACCAUUCUUUGUCAUUUGUGUGGCUGAGCCGUAAGGUUUAAAGACAGAUAUUUUCAACUAAAAGAUUGGAAAUGCAGUUAACACUUGAGAGUAUGGUUUAUGAAGUUAUUUUUGAUAGCGUAUUACAUUACUUGAAUUGUUCAAAGUACAGUAUAUUUUUAAUUAAGAAAACUCAACUAUGUGUAUACGGUCCUAUUUGUUUCUGUUUUAUCCUUUUUAAGGUCGGGGCUCAUGUUCAAUGCGCUUGUCUCAUGAUUUGAAAACUUUUAGGCUAAAUCUAAUUCACAUUAUUCCCUUCUGUGCUAGAUACUCAUCUUUUUUUUUUUUUUACCAGCCUCUACUAUUUACUUGUGGUUAAAGCUAUUUUUGACUUCAGAGAAACAUUCGCAAACAAACAUUUGAUGGAAAGUGGGAGAUUAGCAUCAGACAGCUUUAAUUGACAUUGUCAAGACCACCAGUUAAUCAGGAAAUACAUCUUUUUUACUGCCUUAAACCUGUAGUGUGUAGAAUAUGCAUCUAAAUUUCUUGAAGGGGGAAUUAGUGUUUUUAUAAGACUUUUCAUGUAAGUAUUGCAGUUGUAGUUAAUAAGAAACAUUUCCCGCUUGAAACUGUAUUGGUUAAAAUGGUGUGUGAGAUGUUUCACCAUUUUCAGGCACUGUGUAAUUAUAUCGUAAUGAACUGGCAGGUAUCUUUGUAUCUAUAAAUGGUGCAUGCUCAGCCAUGUACACUGUAAAUAGCCUUUACCAAACAUGUGUUUGACAAGGACCAUAAUUAACAUCACGUAGUGAAUUGUGAUAAAAGAAAAAAGCCAUGAUUUAUUUGAUGUGACUGGCUUUGUUGUUUUUAUGUGGCAAGAGAAUGAAAUUGUUUGUAACAGCUGUAACCAAUGGUACCGAUCCAGCCAUCCGAUAUUGUCUUUAUUUUACUCGACUGUGGUUUGGUAGAGUUGGCUUGCGAGGCUUUGCAAGCGAAGUCAAUUGGUUUUAGUUUUGCUGAAGGCCAGCCUUAUUAACGGACAACUUUCCUAAUAAGUGAUUACUAAUUUUUACGCAGGUGUUAACAUCUGUUUGAGGAACAUGGCAGUAUGUUUACAUGUUCAGGAGCUUUGUUUAACUCAGUGACAUUUCUAAGUUGAUUUGUUUAAAUAAAAUGAGCAAAUGGAUAGUAUUGUUUGUUCUUUUGGUUGAAUGGGGAAAGCAAUGUUGAAAGAGGCUUUGCUGGGUUUUAAAAGAGCUUUUAAAAGGCUUGAAAAUCGGUGUUUCCUAAUGUGAAUCUGCCCUGUCUUCAAGGAGCCCUAAUUGUUUCUCAGAUUAGCCAUCUCAGACUGGCCGAGGGGCGUCCAGAUAGGGCAGGUUGAAAGAGAGGCUGGGAAAUAUAGGAAUGGGCCGGUAGGUCUUUGGAAACAGUUACAUGUUUUUCAAGUACUGGAAAGGAAAAUGUUUAAAUAGGAUGGUUCCUGUGUUCACUUUUUGCAUGCAUUGCCUUUGGCGGGCUCAUCAUUUGUUUGCUGUCUGCAUGCGUGUCGUUGCAGGGGCGGACUGACUCACUUCAUACAUAUAAUCCAGUUUGUUCGGUCUUAAAUUGCCAGUACUGCAGGAAAUUAACUCCAAACUUGAUUCACUUUUCUCCGAGUAAUGUGUGAAAUUUCGGACGGGAGACUGGUGUGCUGUCUCUCGAAAUUUCACAUAAACUCUUCCGGACUGAAAUUGCUUUUUUAAAACGACAUAGCAAAUGCUGAUUAUCACAGUGAUUAUUGUGGUAUUCCUUAAGCGCUUAGUAUGCGCCUAGCACUGUCCUAAGCGCCGGGGUAGAUGCAAAUUAAUCAAGUUGGGCACGAUCCCCGUCCCCCAUAGGGCUCACAGGCUGAGAGGGCAGGAAAGAGUCCUCAUUUUAAUAACAGUAGCAGUAGGGAUGGUAUUUUAAGCGGUUACUACGUACGGGGCACUGUACUAAGCACUGGAAAAGAGAACACAGGUGGAAAUUGGGCGGCCUCUGUCCCUCGAGCGGCUCGUGAUCUGUGAGGAGACUGUCGUAGGAGCCCGCGAGUGUCUUGGCCGAGGUUACAGAGCAGUCAAGGGGCAGAGCUGAGAUUAGAACCCAGGACCCCGAGGCCCCUGAUCUUUCUACUAGGCCAUGCCACCUUCCAGUUCUCUGAGUCUGGGGUGGGGAAAGAAUCAAAGUGCUUACGGGGCUGCAAUUAAUUCAUUAGUGGUAUCUAUUGAGUGCUUAGUUCAGUGCUUAGUACAGUGCCUGUCACAUCGUAAGUGCUUAACAAAUGCCGUAAUUACUAUUAUUACUGUCCUAAAUGCAUGGGAGAGUACAACGCAACAGAAUUAACGGACACUUCCCCUACCCACAACGGGUGCAGUGCGUAGGGGAUGCAGAAGGGAGGGUGGAAUAGGUUGGAGAAAUGAGCGGUUAGACGGGGUGGGGUAAUAAAACAUUUUCGUAGGGCUUUAAAUAGGUGGGGAAAAGAGCCAUUUCUGAAAAACAAUGGUUGACUCAGCACUUUGUUUUAUUAAGACAAAGGUUUACAAGAAAGUAGCUACUGUGUUGUAGCAGGAAUGCCUGUGCUUGUAUUAUUGGAGAAAAAAAGUUAAUGGAAAUAAAAUCUGAAAAGAAGACAUCUCAGUGAUUCAAUAUUUUCGAUUAAAACGAUGUGGUGAAUUUGGGAAUUGUGGGGGUUAUCUGGGUAAUUCUUGCAGAAGCGAGAAUUUUUACAUGAAUGAGUUGAUGUUUGUCAUGUGUAAAGAUGCUUUGCUUAUAAAUAAAAUAUCCAGUUUUUGUUUCAA